UCCUCAACUUGCUCAAAGACUCCAAGAAUCAAUUCAUCAACAUGAAGUUCCUCUACACCCUCGCCGCAUGCGCAACCCUCGCAGCCGCCAUCCCAACCACCACCUCUUCCCAACUCGAAGCCCGUCUUCAACCAGGACGAGUAGUACAUCCAUGCCAACCUGGCGGUUACUAUUACGAGACCAAGGACACAGGUGGUGGAUGGAGUGUAAGCAUAUUCACACCUCUCUUCCCUUCAUAGAAAAUCUAACGUUAGCUCCUUAGUGCACAGGAGGCCUUAAUGCAGAUGGUGAAUGCGUGUUCUAUGAAUUUACUAAAAUUCCUCCAUACUACAGCGUAAGUGCUGCUGUCCUCUCCUUUCUAUAUCUUUUUGAGGUGGAUAGAAAUUUGUUGUGGUCUUACAGGAGAAGAAUAUAUACUGAUGAUUGUUCUAGUGCAUUGGAAGUUAGGCCUAAGAUGGAUAAGUACUUUGAAUUAGAUGGCAGAUAAUUACGGAGACGCUCUUGUCAGUAGUUUGAUAUAUAUAUAUAUGUG